AUGGCUUUCGUGCCACUCCUUACUGUAAGCUUCCUCAUCUCUUCCCUCCAUCCAUGUGAUGCCCGAGUCAUCAUUGGUGGACCACCAUCCUUUUCUCCUAAAGACUCUCAACCAUUCAAGCGAGCAGAUGGAAACUGGUCCUCUUUUCCUCUCAGCGGACAUAAUGACGUGCCAGCUGAGGUUACAGCGCGGGAUCGGCUGACAGAAUACAAAAUACACUGGGCUGCCUCUACUAUGUCAACCCUUUCUUCUCGUGUACUCAGCCGUAGGACAAACACGAGUCAAGUGAGUGUUAUCGGGCCUGGGAUGGUCUCAACUAGGCCGCCACUCAGUGGGACUUUGGAGAAAGAAAAAGCCUUGACAUCUGUGCUCAGUUCACCCUCCGGUGACAAACCAGUGACAUCUAGCAGUCUACUUAAAGAGACAAGUGAUUUAAAGGAACUUGGUUCAGGUAGUACAACAUUGAUGCUUGAAACGGAGGAAGUGCUCACGUCUGUGCCAACCACUACUGAUAAAAUGGCACAGUAUCAACCACCAGCACAGACUAAAAUAGCUGAUGUGCGCAAUUCAUCGGUGGACACUCAAACUGUGGCGCCUCCAACAACUGUGCCCAGAGCUGCGCUGUUUCCCGUAGUAACCCAGGCCACGCCUCCUACCAUUGUAUUGCCAGGUGAUUUGACACCUUCCACUGACGGAAAGCAUGAGUCAGAGGUUGCGCUGACUUUAAACAGACCUUCCACCACCACGGACGGCUCCAAUGGAAAACAACCGCUAACUCCCAGAGAGCCAGUUAGCAAUCAAAGCAAGAUUUCUCUUUCAAAAAUGGUGACAGAGAAAGUCGCUGCAACAACUGCAGCUAGUAUCCUAAAAACAACUGGAAUGGAUGAGAAAAUAUCAACCAGAGCAGCAAGGAACUUGUCUUCGCUGACUGCCAGUGUUGCACCAGUCGAGCCGAAGAACCGCUCCAAUUUGUUAGUGGAUCCUCAUCAAAUUUCUAAGCCAUCCCUGUCACCCAGCGCUGAGACCUCCUCAAAUGGAAGCCUUAUCUACUGGGGCAACCUGAGCAGGAGUCUGUCUUUUGCGUGGCAGCUCCAUGUCUACGGGUCAGCAAGCCUUUUCUUGCUUUUGUUUGCCGGUUCUGCUCUUGGGCUCAUCUUGUCCCCAGGUUCAAAUUGUCCUCAUCGGGGGGCUCUUGCUCUCGCCAAUACACUGUUGUUUCUGGUCGGGGGACUUAGGGCGUGUCUCUUUCUGAUUGACCCCUACGGGACACAGAAAGUCCUGCCUCGAUCAGCAGUUGCAGCCAUUUACAACUUGCCGCUGCACUUCCUGGUGUGGACGCAGGCUGCCUUGGCCCUGCUGGCCUUAAGGGUGGCUGGAGUAACAGUGUUACCUUCAACAUUGGAGCGUCCUCCCCUAGUUGCCGUACUGGCAGUGCUGCAGUGCACGCUGCUGCUGGCGGCAGAUCUGUUUUCCCCAGCCCUAUCACCUGUAGUGCCUGUCACCCUGCAAGUUCUCUCCCUGUGCUGGGGUCUAGGUCUCUGUCUGGGAUUCCUGUUUUAUGUCUUUCCACGUAUACGAUGCCCUCCCAUUGCUCACCUUGGAGUUGCUGAAGAGACCAGGAGAAAGGCUUGGACGGGGAGCAGGAGAGAAGGAGUGAUUCUUGGAAAGGUUCUGGCAGCUUGUGCUGUACUAGGAUCACUGUGCUGUGGGCUACAUGUUCAUGCCACCCUUUGGCUCUAUGGACUUCUAGGGGACUGGAUGAGCUUCAACUGGGGCUGGUGGCUGGUUCAUUUCUGGGCUAGACUCCUAGAGCUGGCCUGGGGUUUGUGCCUCUUGCUCUUGGCCUCGUGGCUGUUCUGGAGGCCUCAGUGUUGCAGAGGAAGAGACGAGGGCGGAACAGGAGACGGAAGAACAACAGGAGACAUGCCGUCGCCCGGACAUUCUGGAGGUUCCUCUAAUAGACACACUUGCUGGUCCAAGAUAGUCCAGAGUCUGACGGGGAAGCCUUGCAAAAAGUCAGAGAGUAAUGGUGUUGGCGGAGGAGGACAAGCCGAGGUUCCCAACAAUUGGGCUGGCCAAGAACGAUCUGGAGUAGACAUUACAAAGAAUCUCAUCAGGAACCAUAAUCACGAUCAAACAGGUGUCCAACCACAGAGCGUCAAAGAUAGCAACCGAGCACGCAACCACAGGGGACAUUCUGCAGAACGUGGCAUAUCUGACGGCUCUGCGGGCUCCCUCCUAAGACUACAGGCCCUAGGACUGACUCCACAACGUUCGGUCAGCGGAAGUGUGGAUCCGGACAGGGAUACCUCUCUCUCACUAUGUGAGUUUGACCUUCGUCCCCCUUCUCCCAUUAAUCUCACCCGCAGCAUCGACGAGGCUCUGCACCGUGAACACCUGCUUGAAGGUGGAAGCUUGUUCCAUCCUUUUAACCAAACUUCACAAUCUCCCUCCCCUGGAUCAGGAGUCAGCCCGGGUCCUUGGCUGCGUAGGAACAGUGACCCUCAGUUUUCAGAGAGCAGUGAGGCUCCCACGGAGUCUUCCAUGCCUCUGGGGGGCAGCAUUCUUAGCAGUGUGCCCAGCAGGCAGGUGACUGCUCCACCCACACCGUCCCAUCAGGGUCACAGGUGGGCUGGGAACGAGGCGGGAUACGUACCCUCAUCAGUGUCCUGCCCCGUUUCACUUCACCCGUCCAGAACAUCAACGGGACAUUUGGGGGAGGAUGGAGUGGACGACACGCGGCCCUUUAUCACGCCAGACUCUGACCGGGGACGGGGGCAGGCCACUAGGCCUGUCGCUUCACGAAGUUAUCUGGAAGUCAGCCGACAUGACGACUCUGCUAGUGUGAGCAGUGAAAUUAUUGACCUAUGA